AUGCCUUCUUCAAGGGCAAGACGGGAGCUGAAGGCUAGUGAACCUCGACCUCCAGGUCUGUUUCUUCCGCAUUUUGGCCCCCCAGAGAGAGCACGAAGACACGGAACAAGACAGCUGGAGCAACGUGGAUCGAUCAGGGUUGGCAACGAUGAUGAGAGCAGUCUAGUCGACGAAGGCAUUGGUGCAAAGCGAGCCGACGGUAGGGUUGAGAUACAGGAGUCUGACUGCUAUGAGAAACUGGGCUUUGGCUUCUCUACGAUGAAGAAGUGGACGAUCCUCUGCGUUAUCUUUGUCGUGCAGAUCUCGAUGAACUUCAAUACGAGCGUCUAUGCCAACGCUAUCACACCCAUGUCCAAAGAGUUCUCGUUGCCUGAGAAGACCAUCAGACUUGGACAGAUGAUCUUUCUUGUCGCAUACGCCUUUGGAUGUGAACUGUGGGCACCGUGGAGCGAAGAACUUGGGAGGUGGCCCAUCAUGCAACUUAGUCUACUCCUUGUCAAUAUAUGGCAGGUAUUAUGUGCGCUUGCGCCAAGCUUUCGUGUGAUUUUCGCUGGCCGUCUUCUCGGCGGGUUAUCAUCCGCUGGGGGCUCCGUUACGCUGGGUAUGAUUGCAGAUAUGUGGGAAGCCGAUGAUCAACAGUUUGCCGUUGCCUUUAUCGUUCUUUCCUCCGUUGCUGGCUCAGUUGUCGGCCCGAUCUCGGGAGGUUUCAUGGAGGUCCGCCUUCAUUGGCGGUGGAACUUCUGGAUUCAAUUAGUCGCGGGCAUCGCUGUACAGCUUUGUCAUUUCCUGCUCGUUCCAGAGACCAGGGCCACCAUACUCCUUGACAGGGAAGCCAAACGAAUGCGCAGAUUCGGUGUAGCAGACGUUUACGGUCCUGGCGAAAUCCACGGCCGGGGGUAUACAUUCAAGGAACUGCGCGAAAUUUGGAUAAGGCCUUUUAGCAUGUUUGUCCGGGAGCCCAUCGUGCUGUGUCUUUCUCUUCUCAGCGGCUUUAGUGACGCACUCAUAUUUAUCUUCCUGGAAUCGUACCAGCCCGUGUUUUCUCAAUGGGGUUUUGGGACCAUUCAAGUUGGACUUGCAUUUAUCCCGAUUAUUAUCGGGUACGUUAUCGGGUAUCUUUCGUUUAUUCCGGUUAUUCUACAUCAUAAAAAGGACCUCGAUCAGAAACCUUAUCGAGCAAGACCUGAAAGACGACUCUGGUGGCUUCAAAUUACUGCUCCGCUCGAGUGCCUGGGAUUAUUUCUAUUUGCCUGGUCAAGCUUUGGCCCCCCUUAUUUCCAUUGGAUAAGCCCAAUGUUCUUUUCUAUGAUGAUUGCUAUUGCCAACUACUGCAUAUACAUGGCUACGAUUGAUUAUAUGAUCGCUAGCUACGGCCCGUAUUCGGCAUCAGCAACGGGUGGUAAUGCCUUUGCUAGAGAUCUACUUGCCGGCAUCGCUGCCUUGUACUCUACGCCAUUUUACAAAAAUGGCCAUCCAUCCUACGAGCUGGUGUAUCCAUCCUUAAUCCUCUCAGGCAUCGCAUUUCUGGUUACAAUACCAAUUUACGUAUUCUAUAAAUACGGACCACAAAUCCGCAAGUGGUCAAAGUUUGCGCAGACGGUUGCUACCGACAGGGACGAGAUCCAUAAGCGCCGCGCUAGGCGUGCGAAUAGGAGUACUUCAGAAAAGACAGGAAUGGAAGUUUGA